AUGAUGUUCAAGGAUAAGGUAUUUGUGAAUGAAUUAGCUGCCACAGCUAUAAUGGGAAAUGAUGCUUGGAAUAGACCUACUGCUCAACCAAUUAAGAUAUCAGUAGAAUUCGAUACUGAUUUCUCCAUGGCUUCAAAAACCGAUAAUUUAAAAUAUUCUUUGAAUUAUGCAGUUAUUUCCAGAAACAUUAUGGAAUUCAUGAAGAUAAAUGAACUGAAAAACUUUAAAAGUUUACAAAAUAUCGGUGAAGCAGUAAGUGAAAUAGUUCUAGAUGAAAAGAAAGGAGGUGGUGAAAAAGUUGAAAUUUCCAUUAAAAGUGAAAAAUCUGAAAUCAGAGCUGAUGAAAUUGAGUAUAAAUUAUAUAGAGAUCGUUAUACCCAAGGAGUAGUUGAAGAUAAAUUGGAUUCUAUCAAUGUGAAGAAAUUAAGAUUAUUGACUAUCAUUGGAGUUUUCACUUUUGAGAGAUUACAAAAACAAUUGGUUGAUAUAGAUUUGACUAUUGAAUUAUUACCUCAUCAUAAUGUCAUAAUCCAUGAAAUAAUGGAAGAAAUCACCAGAUUUGUUGAAGUAUCGAAUUUCAAAACUGUUGAAGCCUUAGAAUUGACUAUAGGACAAUUGAUAUUCCAACAUUAUGAUAAUGAUAUCAGCAAGGUAAUGGUUAAGAUUACAAAACCAAAUGCUAUCAGUUAUACUGAAGGUGUUGGGGUAAGAUCUUUACUUACUAAAGAAAGAUUUGCUGGUUUGGAGAAAUUGAAUACCAAACCCCAGGUUGAAACCAAUGAUCAAUUCAACUUACCAGUUACAGAAGAAAUCAAACAAGGUAAUCAUAUUGUAUAUAUUGCUUUCGGAUCCAACGUAGGAGAUCAAGUUAAGAACAUUAAUCAAGCCAUUGACUUGUUAGCUAAACACGAUAUUGAAUUACUUUCAACGUCUUCAAUGUACAUUUCCAAGCCAAUGUAUGUUAAAGACCAACCUGAUUUUUUCAACGGAGUGAUCAAAGUUCAAUGUAAACAUUCACCAACAGAGUUAUUGUCUAUUUUAAAACAUAUUGAGUAUGAAGAAAUAAAACGUCAUAAGGAUUUCGAAAAUGGUCCUAGGUCAAUUGAUUUAGAUAUUUUACUCUAUGAUGAGUCCACUGUUAAUAAGCCAGAGUUGACGAUUCCUCAUAAAUCCAUGUUAGAAAGAACUUUUGUCUUACAGCCAUUAUGUGAAUUGAUCAAACCUGAUUUCAUUCAUCCUGUUUCAGCCGAACCCAUUCAUAAUCAUUUGAAAGAACUUUUGAAAUCUCAAGGUAAUGAAUCCAUACAAGAAUCCAAUAAGUUGAUGAAUAUAGUACCAAUAUCUCAAAUUGAUCCAUCUUUGAAUCCAUUGAAAUUUGACCAUAAAUCAAAGACUUUAAUGAUGGGGAUUUUGAAUAUAACUCCCGACUCUUUCAGUGAUGGAGGUAAAAGCUUUGGUGACAUGGAUACAAUUAUUAAGAAUUUCAAGAAAUUGGUUGAAGAUGGGUCAGAGAUUGUUGAUAUUGGAGGCGUUUCCACCAGACCCGGAGCUGAUGAACCUAGUGAAUCCGAAGAAUUAGAUCGUUUAUUACCGGUAAUAAAAGCUAUUAGAGAUAUUAACAAAGAGGUUUUGAUUUCCAUAGAUACUUACAGAUCAGAAGUUGCAAAACAAUGUCUUGAUAAUGGAGCCAAUAUCAUCAACGAUAUCUCCAUGGGAUUAUAUGAUGAGGAAAUGUUCGACAUCGUAGCACAAUACCAAUGUCCAUAUAUAUUAAACCAUACCAGAGGAACUUCCAAAACCAUGUCUAAGUUAGUUAAUUAUGAAGCCAAUACCAAUGAAGAUUUAAUCGAAUUGAUAAAUGAUCCCUUGACUGGGCAAUCAAAUCAAAUCAAUGACAAUCCUGAAGUCAAUAAUUUAAUCAAUGGUAUAAGUAGAGAACAAUCUUUACAGUUAUCCAAAGCUUUCAAAAAGGGGGUUAGAAAAUGGCAAAUCAUCCUUGAUCCAGGUAUUGGUUUUGCUAAGAACUUGAAACAAAACUUGAUCAUCCUUAAGUACUUGAACUAUUUUAAGAAGUACAGCAUCAUCAUUAACGAACGUUUGAAUGAAGACAUCAAUGAAAAUUAUAUCAGUUUCAAUGGUUUACCGUUACUUGUGGGAACAUCUAGAAAGAAAUUCUUAGGAACCUUAAAUAAUGAAGAAAACCCAACAGAAAGAGUUGUCAGUACCAAUGCCACUAUUAUUUCCAGUAUCCAACAAGAUUGUAAGAUUGUAAGAGUCCAUGACACCCAAGAAGUGGCUAAAACCAUCCGUAUAGGUGAUGCUAUUUAUAGAGAUAUUUAUUAA